AUGAAGCAUGAACUAAUAGGCUUGACGAAGAAAGUGUCUGAUGGGUUCUCUGCCUGUGCUCCCCAGCAGAGAAGGCCCAGACGAAUAGAGAAAAAAAAACUCAGCGAAAAAGAAAUUCAAUCUAAAAAGAGAAGGGGGUUAUCUUCUCACAGGGGGAAUACCGACCAUCGGAAUUGCCACCUUUGGAGUUUUUUUUUGUUAAAAAAGGGAUAUAAAUAUUCUCUUAUCUUUGAAUGCAGCAUUGCCUUUGAGAACUUGAAGAAAAAAAAAGUAGCGAAAGAGGUAUUUCAGUUCUUUGCGAAAACACAAGUAUGUAAGAAAACUCAAGUGCGAAGAGGCCAGUGGUGA